AUGGCGGGCGGCGCUUUCGCUGCCUCCAAGACCGAUAGCCGUGGUGGCCGCGGCGGCCGCGGUCGAGGAAAGGGCCGUGGUCCACCCAGCAGCAACUCAACUAGUUCGCCCAGUCCGGCUCUCCUUACCGCAAACAUCAAGAAUGCUCGCACCCUCGACUCCCUCUUUGGCACGGUCACCGCCCACCUCGGCCGCUUCAACCACAUUCACCUCUCCGCGUGCUGGAACACGCUCGGUCGGCUUGCGGCCGGCGCCGACCCGCUUUGGUUCCAGCGCCACGCGAAAGAGCUCGAGUCGCUCGCGCAAACCACGGCAGAGGUCGCCGAGACCUCCGCCGAGGCGGGCGGGGGGGCGCACCCGCCCCUCUUCGCCGCGCUCGCCAAGUCUGCGACGGAGCGUGCGGCAGACUUUGUCGCAGCGGAUCUCGCCAACCUCGCGUGGGCGUUUGCGAACGCGGGCCACGUGGAGGACGCUCCGCUCUUCGCCGCCCUCGCGCGCGCCGCCGAGGCGCGCCUCUCCGACUUCACUGCGGAAGAGCUCGACAACGCCGACUGGGCCUUCUCCCGCGCAGGCGCGUGGACUAGCCGAGAGGCUGACGCGAGCCUCGACUCGCGCAAGCAGGGCUACGGGCACGAGAAGCGGAAGCCGUGCGCCAUCCUCGGCUUCUUCGGCGAGGCGUUCGGCGACAAGAGCAAGGUGCGGCGCGAGAGCGACGCCUCGGGCCGCUUCAUCCACAUCCCGCGCCAGAAGCUGCGCGCGAGGGUCGUCGAGCAGCUCCGCCCCGGGACGAUCCGGUGGGGCAGCAAGCUGCGCUCCUUCGAGUGCCGACGCGGGGCGGGCGUGGCCGCGCUGCUCGUGGGCUCGGACGGGAUCUUCUCGACGGUGCGGCGGCAGCUCGCGAUGCCCGGCGACCGCCUCCACUACGUCGGGCUUGUGGUGGUGCUCGGCAUCCUCGACGGCAUCCGCCGCAUCUUCGAGACGGUGGACGGCACCACCCGUCUCUACGCCAUGCCCUUCACGACCAGCUCGACCAUGUGGCAGCUCUCCUUCCCCUGCUCCGAGGAGGCUGCGCGCACGCUGACCAAGGACGCCGCCGCCCUCAAGGCCGAACUCCUCAGCCGUUGCCGGGGGUGGCACGACCCCAUCCCGGCCCUGCUGGCCGACACGCCGCUCGACGGCAUGUCGGGCUACCCAGUCUACGACCGAGAGGUGCUCGAGCCGGCGGACCGCGUCACCCUGAUUGGCGACGCGGCGCAUCCAAUGACGCCCUUCAAGGCGCAAGGCGCAAACCAAGCCCUGAGUGACGCGGUGCUGCUUGCAGAGGCACUCGUGCAAGGGGUCCGCGAGCACGGCGCGUUGGCCGGCCUGGACGCGGCGCUCCCGCUCUUUGAGCGGCGCAUGCUCAGCCGCUCGGCGCGCGUGGUGGUCGGCUCUCGCGAGAAGGCGAAGGAGCUCCACAGCAGCCUGGCGCUGCAGCCCGGCCGCAAGGUGCAGCGCGACACCGGCGUCGACAUGCCCCGCGUGGUGCGGGCGCUGCGCGCGGGCGGCAUCGGCUCCGGCAGCGCGACCGACCCGCGAGGUCUGGACGCCGUGGUUGCGGAGACGGCCGGAGAGGCUGGCCUCCGACGCAAGCGAUUGCGGAAAUUGGUGCUGCGGCUCUAUUUGCGCCAUCUCUCCCGCCAGCCCGAGGCGGCGCGCGAGGAGGUGUGCUGGUGGCGGGCGCACCCGGCCGAGCUCCAGGCUCUCUUCCGCAAGCACCUCCGGGCGGCCAAGGGGGUCGGGCUGGUGAGAACGCAGGGCAAAAUGGUACGUGCGGGCUGA